AUGGACCGCGCCAAUGUCCUGACACGGGAAGGACUUGGCUACAGUGGCAGAGAAAGAACUCUUGGUCCUGAGUCGGAUCUUUUUGGGACUGCCACAAGUCUUGGCCAUCCUUUUGGAAACCAGUGUCCUAUGAUUGAAUCUCUACAUGAAUGGAUACCCACUCUCAACAGACCCCAGAAUCUGGUUUUCAGCGGGUUCAGUUUGACUUUGUCCCAGACCUUGCUUGAAAAGGACAGCUUGUCUGGUUGA